ACAGGCGCCGUGGGGCGGCGCAGGCGCAGUGUUGCCGUGCCUGAGCCAGUCUGAGGGACGGUGACGGUUGGAGGCUCUAGGCCGGAUCGGAGUAGAUCAGACCGUACGGUCGGGACAGAUGUCGGCAGUUCAGCCAGUUCCAUUGCUCCGCCGGACAGCGUGAUAUCUAAGACGAGCGGGUCGCUAAAUACCCGAAGGCGGGUUCUUGUUUUUUUUUAAAGUUUGACGGCGGGUACCCGGCGGCGGCGGUGGCAGGAGGAGGAGGAGGAGGAGGAUGUCGAGCCCCGCGCUGCUGCCGGUGUCGAGCCGUCGCUUGGCAGCUCUGAGCCCGAGCUCGCCCGUCUCCUUCUACCCGCAUCACAGAGCCACCCUGCGGCUGUCGGAGAAAUUCAUCCUCCUGCUCAUCCUCAGCGCCUUCAUCACCCUGUGUUUCGGGGCCAUCUUCUUUCUGCCCGACUCCUCCAAGCACAGGCGCUUCGACCUGGGGCUGCAGGACGUUCUCAUUCCGCAUGUGGAGCAGGGCAGGCCGGCGGGACGGGACGGCAGCGCCGGGCUACAAGGCGGCGGAGUCAUGGUGCAUGGAGGCGGGGAGGAACAUCGGCACCGACACAGAGAUGAAGAGGAGCAGCUUCGUAAAAUGAUUAGGGCAGAUCAUGAGAGGGCGCUGGAAGAGGCUAAGGAAAAACUAAAAAAAUCCAAAGAUCAAAUUCGUGCUGAAAUUCAGACAGAAAAAAACAGAGUGAUACAAGAUAUGAAAAAAAGAGAAGGCAAACAACUGCCAGUUGUACCUAUCCCAAAACUGGUAGGAAUCAAUAAUGGGGACCCAGGUGAUCCAGACACGAGACAGAAGCAAGAGAAGAUUAAAGAGAUGAUGAAGCAUGCUUGGGACAACUACAGACAGUAUGCAUGGGGACACAAUGAGUUAAAACCACUCUCCAGGAAGGGACAUACCACCAAUAUUUUUGGCAAUUCUCAGUUGGGUGCAACCAUUGUGGAUGCAUUAGAUACACUGUACAUCAUGGGUCUUUUUGAUGAAUUUCGAGAUGGGAAAGAAUGGAUUGAGAAGAACUUAGACUUCAGUGUGAACGCGGAGGUCUCAGUGUUUGAAGUCAAUAUCAGGUUUAUCGGAGGCUUGCUGGCUGCCUAUUAUCUUUCAGGAGAGGAGGUCUUUAAACAGAAAGCUGCACAACUUGCUGAAAAGCUGCUGCCUUCCUUUAAUACACCCACAGGCAUCCCUUGGGCUAUGGUGAACCUGAAGAGUGGUGUUGGACGGAACUGGGGCUGGGCAUCUGCUGGGAGUAGCAUUUUGUCUGAAUUUGGGACACUGCAUUUGGAAUUUGUGCAUCUGAGCUAUCUGACAGGGGAUCCCAUCUACUACAAAAAAGUGUUGCAUAUUCGGAAGUUGUUACAGAAAAUGGACAGACCUAAUGGCCUGUACCCCAACUACCUUAAUCCAAGGACAGGGCGUUGGGGUCAACAUCAUACUUCUGUGGGUGGGCUAGGAGACAGUUUUUAUGAAUACUUGCUGAAAGCUUGGCUGGUAUCUGAUAAGACUGAUACAGAAGCAAGGAAAAUGUACGAUGAUGCCAUGCAGGCUAUUGAAAAGCAUUUGAUCAGGAAGUCAAACACUGGCUUGACUUUUAUUGGGGAAUGGAAGAAUGGUCAUCUGGAGAGGAAAAUGGGCCACCUAACCUGUUUUGCUGGAGGAAUGUUUGCUUUAGGAGCAGAUGGGUCCCCAGAUGAUAAAGCAGGUCAUUAUCUGCAGCUUGGUGCAGAAAUUGCUCACACCUGUCAUCAGUCAUAUGACAGAACAGUACUAAAGUUGGGCCCUGAAGCAUUCAAAUUUGAUGGUGGAACAGAGGCAGUGGCACUGAGGCAAAAUGAGAAGUACUACAUCCUCCGUCCAGAAGUGAUAGAAACAUACUGGUACAUGUGGAGAUUCACGCAUGACCCCAAGUAUAGACAGUGGGGCUGGGAAGCAGCUCAGGCUAUUGACAAGUAUUGCAGGGUAAUCGGGGGAUUUUCAGGUGUUAAAGAUGUCUAUUCUUCAUCUCCAACCUAUGAUGACGUGCAACAAAGUUUCUUCUUGGCUGAAACAUUAAAGUAUCUGUACCUCCUGUUUUCUAGUGAUGACCUCUUGCCCUUGGACUAUUGGGUUUUUAACACAGAAGCUCAUCCCCUUCCUGUUUUGCGUUCAAUGAACACUACUCUCUCUGGAAAUGUGGCACUUCAGUGAAGAUUUCAGAAGGACUGAAGAUGAACUUCACUGUUGCAUCCUAGUGCUAGCAGACAAGUGCAACAAAUCUGCUCUGAAAAUAAAGGGUCCUAUUGAAUAAGACUCGAACAAUCUGAGAUUAAACUGUGCAGGAAAGAUGUAGACUACUGGGAUAGUACAUCUUUCAGAGCAGAAUAACAAUGAAUGUAUAAGUUUACAAUGGUGUAGUUGGCAAUCAGUACAGUACUGAAGCUGUACAAUGAUGAACUUUAUGGCAGAUAUUCAAAGAAAGCUUAACAGCACUAGGAAUAUGUAAGUAGUACUGGAUUUUGUUUUCUCCUGUACUACCUGAAGCCAUUGAGAGUCACUGGUAAGAGUGUAAUAGUCUCUGUUUCUUCAAAAACUGAGUAUCACUUUUGUGGAGAAAUCCAUACUUGGUUCUCCCUAGCAAAAACGCAGCAGAGCAUUCAAUUUUUGUAGGAUAAACCUUGGAAGAGGUUGCUUUUGAGGGUUUGUUCCAGUUCUGAUGUUGCAUUUGAUUACAGACAUCUUGGGAUUGUUGGAAUCUUACCAGUGCAAGUGUGCUUGUGAUAUUUCUGCACUUUGCAAAUUUUCUUUACCCAUAAAGAAGCCUUUGUGUUAAUACUAAAAGAAAACAUUGGCAUCGUGAUUUCAGAUGUGAAGGCCCAGUUGACCUUCAGACUUGGUUUGAUUUAGAAGAACUUCGACUUCUCAUGUAGUGUAUUUUCAGUAUUGUAAAAAGAUGUACUUUUUCCAGGAUGAUUCUGUUCUCAUUUUAAUGCAAAAUCUGUAACAUUUCUUCAGUACUCUAUGCUAUUAGCCCCAGUGAAUGGCUGAUGGUUUGCAAUUUGGUUGAAGCAGAGCCAUGUAAUUGUGUUAAAAUGCUUACAAGUGUGGUCAGCCUUGGUUUUCAGCUUGCAUUCUGCUUAGAUCUUAAAGGGCUGUUGUUCAAGAGUGGUCAGGCACUCUUCAGCACCAGUGGAUAGAGGUCCUAACAGAGUGAUCAGAACCUCCUGGAGUUUACACAUCUUUUACGGUAUUAAAGAGAAGUUGAAGAUCUGUGUUGUGGGCAUCACUUAAUCAAGUUCUGCAAAACAUUUUAAACUUCAGGUUCUUGAAAGUUACCAGGGUGAAACCUAGACAAAAUUCUGCUUAAUACCACUCUACACCUCCUUGCACAAUUGUAAGAUGGUAAAGCUACCAUAUUUAUUCUAUAUACACUGCUCCUUUUAAAUCAGUUGCUUAAAUUAUCUGAUAUUUCAGAUUUAGUUCUAAAUUCUCACUAUCCUAUAUUAUUUAUGUUGUUUCAUUCUUUUUAUUGAUAUUUGAAUUAUUUCAUACAGGAAGUGACUUUGAAUUAUUAGGAGUAGACUGUAUAUAUUUCAUAUGCAAGCUGAAAUGCAGAUGUAAUUAAUGAUUAAAAAACUGUCUGUAAGGACGUUUUCUGCUACAUCAUCCAGUAUUUACUUUAUCAAUCAAAGAGGAUUAAUGUCCUUUCUCAUCUUACGUUUUGUUUUCGAGCAGCUUGUAAACUAAGCAUAUGUAAGAGAUUGAGGGGAAGAGAAGCUCUUAUAAUCCACUAUUCCUAAAUUUACCAAUUCUAAAUAGUGGGGGGGAGAAAACGCUGUCUUUCCACUUUCUGUAGCCCAAAUAUGUAAAAAGGGUAAAUAUAUGAAGCUGUCCUUACCUAGCUAAGAGUGUGGUCUUGCAACGACUCUUUUCAGCAGUUGGCCACUAAUAGAUGUACAAUAGCAGCCCAAAUUUGCCCUUGAUUCUAUUUUUGAUAAAUUGCUGUCCACUUAAUAUUACUUGGAGGUCACUUGCAAACUGACAUGAUAAAUGAUCUCCCUUAGUCUCUCAACUUUCCUUUACAUCACUGAAGCAGGAGUAGGCUAUUUGGCCUCCUCCAAAAUAUUUUUGCUAUUCACUGACACAUGGCUGAUCAUAAUACCUUUGGUUAAUAAAAGUCAGCCAGUUUCUGAUUUAAAGUUUAAAAAUUAAUAUAAAUUAUCAGCCAUUAGUUGCUGUUUGUGAACAAUCAUCCUUUAUGUGUAUAGUUUAAUUCACUUCUUAAAGGAUCGGUUCUAAUUGUCAGAUUGUGCCACUAAAGUCCACAAGCAGUAAAAAUAGUUUCACAUUGACUGUUCUAUUUGUUCCCAUUAUAUAUUGAAAACUUUGAUUAAGUCAUCCCUUGACUUUCAAAUUCCUGAAAAAUACACCCUUUGCGUUUGUAAUCUGUCAUAAUUUAAACCCUGGAGUCCAGAUAUUAUAAAUUUACACUCACUUCCUCCAAGGUCAGUACUUCUCCCUCAAAACCAUAGCCAAACUCUUCCCUCAAAAAUAUUGACACUCAACCUAUCUUUGUUUGCAGUUACCAUUGAGUUAGUGGAAAAAUGGCUCGUUAGUGGUGCAUGUUUAAACAGUAUGAUUACAGCCAUUUUCAUAUUGCAAAAUGCCUGGUGAAAAUGGUAAAUGAUUUUGUUCCCCUCUUUGAAUCUCUUUUGCACAGUCUAUUCUCUUUCCUGUUUGCUCAUCCAUGUAAAACUUCAUUUUUUUCUGUGUGUUUUCAUGAUAUUCAAUUCAUGCCAUUUGCACCUACCAUUCAAUGUCCCUUUGUUCUUGAAUGUACAUGUCAUUGUUUCCCAAAUUUACUUGCAUUUCUGACACAGAUCUGUCUUUGAAUCUCCAACUAGGUUUCCUCCUCUUCUGCAGCACUUAAACAGCCCUGGUCAAAGCCUCAGAUGACACUUCGUAUGGCACAUUAUACUUUCUUGUUGUUCUUGACUUUUCACAACUUUUGAAAUGAUUGUGCACGCCAGUGUCUCUCCUCUGUAGUACAGCUUAAUGACUGUAACAUUUGCAAGUCUCCAAUUCUAUUUGUCUGCCCAUCUGUCACUGACAUUCUAAUCUGAUUCUUUCACCAAACAGGUUUGUCGCCUUUUGUAAUAUAUCCAUCUUUCACAUGACAGCAUACUGUUAAUUAUUUUGAUGCCUUUGUGAAUUAGCCUGGGGUGUUAUUCUAUAUUAAAUGCUAGCUGUUGCUGGAUUGGUUGGAAAUCUAAUACUCUGCCUCUCGCCUGUACAACCUGGAGUAGCAAAUAGGAAAGCAUUUCAGAUCUCCUGAAACCCAGGUGGGCACCUGUAGCUAUGCUGUUCCACAAUGAUGAUAUCAUAGUAUAUUAAUAUGGUUCAUUGUCUGUAAAAUAAUUACUCACAUGAGACCUAAUUGUACAAUCUGGAUGAAUUCUGUAAAGUAUGUACAAAGGUUGAAUGCUAUUCAACUGAUUGCUUUUAACAAAGAUGAUAAUGCACAAUUGUUUGUGUAUUCCUGUUAAGUGUAGCUAACUAAUUUCUUAUUAAUCAUGCAACUUACAGUAGAUAAGCAGAAUCCGUGGAUUCCUCGUAAUGUGAUUGUUCCCAGUCAACAAAUAUUUUUAUGAACCUGCGUGGAGACCAAAUUUAUUUUAAAAACUCUGUUUACAUCAGGGAUUAAGUUCACAUCAGUCAAAGAAAACUUUUAUGAACUCAUCCAAAGCAUAGACUCUGGUCUUAUCAGAGCCAAACCUUUAAUCUUCUGUUAGAACUUUUCCUGCAGAUGUGCUGAGAGUACAGGUAGACUAAAAAUAACGUAUGUGAACCAGUUGCCAGAGAUGCAGCAGAGGUCUAGUUACAAAAUCAAGUCAUGAUGAAUGACUGUGCUAAUGUAUUUGUGUAAUUUCAACUCCUUCCUUUCAUUUGUAUGAGGAAGUACAAUGGUGUCCAGUACUCAAUUUCUGCAUGAUGUACAAAUACUAAUUGUGUUUGAAUUUUGCCAAGGUCUGUAGUGAGAGAAUACUACUUUCCAUUACAGUUCUGAACUGAAUUAGAACAGAAAAUAUUCUCCUGAUAGGGAUGUAAAUAAAUUAAAAUUUUGGUACAUUUGAGUUUAGCGCACAACUACUGUACCAAGCUGUUUUCAAAAAGUGCUAGAGAAGAAGAGGGCAUUGUGGAAAACAAAUCAUUGUGUUAUUAAAUGCAUCUUGUUUAGUUUGACUCAAAA